AUGACGGAAGCUCCAUGGGCCGGGGUAAACCCCAGCGACCUGCACAUCAUUCUUGUCACCGGUGCGAACAGCGGCGUUGGCUUAGGCAUCAGUCAGCGACUCAUCGACGACUUCCUUUCUACCAAACCCCUCUCGUCACACUUGAUACUCUUGCCGACUACCCGAUCGGCCAGAAAGUCUAGCGAAACCAUCUACGCCUUGCGCGAGUACCUGCACGGUGCUGCGACAACUUCUCCGAAAGCUCGCGCGCAUGCGGGCAUCAACUACGAUCCAGAGGAUGCAAUUGGCCGCGUGCACAUCCUGAGCGUUCAGGUUGACCUAUGCGAUCUACACUCGAUCUACACGGCGGCCGACCAGCUCGUAUACGGAACCAUCAGCGAUCCGACGGGCGUCCUUCCCGAUGUCAAAAUUCCAAAGCUCGAUGCCGCCCUCUUCAAUGCCGGUAUUGGCGGAUGGUCUGGCCUAAAUUGGUUUGGACUCUUUGGGCAGAUUCUCCGGAGGGGCAUCCCGCAAGCAACGACCUAUCCGACAUUCAAGUUGGCCUAUCCCACAGUGAUGCUUGACACCAAGAAGCUGCUGGGUCCUGUCGAGGCCAAGACCGAGCCACCACCGCUAGCGGAAGUCUUUACAGCCAACACGUUCGGCCACUACCUCUUGGCGCACGAACUCAUGCCUCUUCUGUCACGCAACGAUGUCAGGGAAGAGCCUGGCCGCAUCGUCUUUACAAGCUCUAUAGAUGCUGAACACGAGCAUCUGUCAUUCAAAUACUUUCAGGCCGAGCGAGAAACACCGCCGUACGAGAGCAGCAAGCGGAUAACAGACGUCAUCACACUUACCGCCACCCUCCCAUCGGUCGAACCUCUGACCAGGCAAUUUUUCCAAGUGCCAGAAAGCUCAUCCUCAACGACUUCCAAGAAAAACCCGACCGUGCGGCCGAAGCUCUACGUCACCCAUCCGGGCAUCGUGUGCACGCCGAUCUUCCCGCUCAACUUUGUCCUCUUCUUCUUCUACCGCCUCACCAUGUACGUGGCGCGCAUGCUCGGCUCGCCCUGGCACGUCGUCACCACCUACCUCGGCGGCUGCGCGGCCGCCUGGCUCGGCCUCGAGUCCCAGUCCGUCCUCGACGCGCAGUCCGCACACCUCGCCAAGUGGGGGUCCGCGAUCGCCCCGUUCGGCGGCGGCGGCGCCCAGCCCAAGAUGUCCGAGGUCGACGGCUGGGGGUGGCAGGGGGAAAUUGAGAACGCCGACGCCCUCGCGGCCGAGCCGGCCACGGGCAUGCAGCGCAAGCUCAAGGGCCGCAAGUGGGACGCCGUCACCCUCACGCCCGAGAGGCGCGAGCAGUUUGAGCAGGACGGCCGGGCGUGCUGGACCGAGCUCGAGAGGCUGCGCGGCGAGUGGGAGCGGGCGCUGGGCAGGACGCCUGGCGAUCAUCUUCCGGCCAAGCAGCACAAGAUCUGA